AUGAAAAAGUUAAUACCAAUUUCACCAACGACUUUAUCGCAACCACAACAAAUGCAAGAAAAUCUACCGUUUACAUCUGAUUUAUUUCAACGAGUUAUUAGCGCUGUAUUAUGUUCAUUUAAUCAAUUAUCAUCAAAUAUUGAUAAGCAAGUUGCAUUAGAAUAUCUAGAAAAUUUAAAAGAGAAUCAUGUUUUACUCUGUUGUACAAUUGGAUUUGAAUUAAUUAAACAACAACAACAACCGUUAUUACAUCAUUAUGGUAUACAUUUAAUAGAGAACAUAAUUAAAUAUAAAUGGUUAACGUUGAAACAAGAUGAAAGAAAUAUAUUACGAGAACAAUUAUUUUUAUUGAUUAAAAAUUGUCUUAAUGAUACAUUUAUGGAGCCAAUAUAUAUUCGAACAGCAUUAGCACGUUGUACUGUUGAAAUGAUUAAACGUGAAUGUUUUGAAAAGGCAAAUACAUCGCUUGAAGAAUUGGUAACAUUGACUCAGCAAGCAACAAUGAAUGAUGAAUUUGGUAAUCGUAAUUUGACUCAAUUAGAAUUGAUUUUAUUAGUAUAUCGUUUUCUCAAUGAAGAUUUAACCGUUUAUCAACAAUCAAUUCAAUCACAACGUCGUAGACAAUUAUUAAAUCAAUUACAAAAACGUUUAAGCGAUAUUCUACCAUCAUUAAUGAGAAUUUUAAAUUAUCUCUUAUUAUAUGAUCAUCAAAAAGUACUAAAUAGUGAUCGAUUAAUUGAAACAUGUUUAUUAUGUUUUAAUAGUUUUUUAUCAUGGAUUGAUUAUGCUCAAGUUGAACAAUAUGAAACAUGUUUAAUCGAAUUAUUUUUAAAAUUUUUUCAUUUAACUCAACAAAUACGUUUAAGACAUGCUGUAUUCGAAUGUUUAUUGAAUUUAAUUAAUCGACGAUUUUCCAAACAUCAACAACGAAUAAAUAAAAAACCAUUAUCAAUAUCAAAUCAUUCCUAUGAACAGGAAAGAAUAUUUUUAAAUUAUUUGUUGAAUGAUAAUAUAUUGGAAUUAUUCUAUCGAUUAGUCAUGUGCAAUAAAACCAAUGCUAAUAAUGAGUUAAUAUCACGAACACCAGUAGAUAAUGAACUUUUAUCAUUUCUAAUCGAACGUACAAAAUCGUUUCUACAAUUACUUCUCUUACUAAACGAUCAUCCAUAUCAUCAAUUAUCAUUAAAUUCUUAUCAGUCAUUAAACAUGUUUAUAAGUAAACAACCAUCACUCGUUUUUUUAUUACUAAAUGAUCAAGUUUGUAUAAAAUUAAUUGAAAAUCUAAAACAAUCAUUAUUACGUAUUCAUUUUUCAUCAUCAUUAACAACAACAAUUUUAAACAACACAAAUGAACAUUUUGCAAAACAAUAUCAACAUAAUCAACAAUGUUUAUGUUAUAUUAUGUAUGAAUUUGACUCAGAAGAACAAUUUUUUUGGAAAUUUUUCUCACAAUAUCGAUGUGAAUUACAAAAAUUAAUUAAAACAUUUAUUGACAUGUUUUUCAUCACAGCAACAACGGGAAGUUUAUCUGAAGCACAACAAUCGAAUAAUAUAAACUAUUUAAAUUCGAUUUUAAAAUUUGUGAUACAAUGUAUGAUUAAUUUAAUACAACAUACAUCAGUUGAACUUAAUCAUCAAUCGUCUCUGUUAACAGUUUAUCUUAUUAGUGAAUGGGAAUCAUUUUAUUUGUUAAUUGAUCAUAUUUUAUUUGUUCUAUGUAAACAUUUAUUUCCACAAGAUAUUAACAACAAUUUAGCAAUUCAACAACAACAAUUAUUGAUGAAACCUGAUCUUAUUGAACAAUUUUUAUAUACGAUAAAAUAUCUUUUACAAUUUACACCAUCAAUGAAUGAAAGUAUACACGGUUAUGUACUCAAUAUAUUGUCAGUGAUGUUUUUUGUCACAAAUUAUGAUCAAACUUUAGCAAUACAAAUUUUGCAACGUUUAUUAACAACUUAUCAACAUAAUCAACAACAGUCGAUCGCUGGCACAAUGAAUAGUGAUUAUCUAUCUGAUUUAAUACAAAAUCAAACGGCAAAUGCAUUUUUGUAUUUAUGUAAAAAUUACACAUUAAAAUUAAUUGAUUAUUACAUUGAUUUAUAUCCCUAUUUGUGUCAAUUAAUUAAAAAUGAAUUUCAGCAGUAUUCGAUAAAACUGUCAACAAUUAUUAAUGUUGAUGAUAAUUGUUCAAUAUUAAAAUUACUCGAUGCAACUUUAUGUUUAAUAUAUAAAAAAUUGACAAUCGAUACGACAAAUGAUGAACAAAUAAAUUAUUUUUAUGAAUUAUUAAAACCAAUUUAUGAAUUUUUUUCAUCGGAUGAAUUUUUGAACAACUGUUUAACAUCAUUAACAGCUUUCAUUCAAUAUUUUGGCUUUUGUCAAACAAAUUUAAAACAAGAGCAAGAAUCUAUUUAUCGCUGGCGACGUCGACGUUUAAUGCUAUGUUUACAUUGUUUGUGUUGUAUAUUAAAAUUCUCAAAACAGCAACAAGAUCACAUACCAAUAUCAUUUAAAACUAAAAUUAUUCUGAGUUUGCGGCCAUUUCUGUUUGAUUAUGUAUUAAAAAUAAUUCGAUAUCUUAAUCAAUUAUACGAUCGAAAUAUAAACCCCUUCUAUGAUUUAACCAAAACAAGUUUACUAUCAUUUAGUGAAACGGAAAAACAAAUCUAUUUAGGCACAUAUGAAAGUAAUAAUAUAACGAAAGCAACAGUCGCAACAACAACGAUAUUCAGCCCAUCAAUGUUAUCUGAUAAUCCGUUUCAUGUUGUACAACAACCUUCCUCACAAUUUAAAGGAUCAAAUCGUUCGUGUGAAUAUCAACUACGCGAUUAUACUCAUCGUUUAUUCGAUAUUUCGUAUCAAUUAUUAGGAAGUUAUUUUGUUUAUGAUCAUGGUUUAUAUUCAAUUAAAACAAAAGAAGUAACAAAUAAUAAAUUAAAUGAUGAGCAACAAGAACAAUAUUUUUUAUCAUCAUUUUUACAAACAAUUUUAUUUGAAAAUUUAAAUACGAUACCACCAUUUCGUUUACGAAUUAUAUUAAGACAUUUUUGCCGUCCAUUUGUUGAACAUUUUUCUUUAUUAAUUGUACCACAGCCACAACAAUCGUCAAUGAAUGAAUUAUUUUCAUCAUUUUUAGACAUAUUUUUACCCUAUAUUCAACAGCGUUUAAGACAAAUGUGGCAAAAUUUAUUGUCAGAUGAAGUACAACAACAGUCACAACAGAAUCAAUUGAACGAUUCUUGUGUUUCAGAUGAAGUUAUUGAAGAAUGUUUAUGUGUUUUAUUGACAAGAGAUUUUGUUGAUAUAUUAAGACACUUUAUUUUGAAACCAAUUAUAUCAGUCAGUGGUAACAAAAAACAAGAUAAUCAACGUAAAAUAUCAACAAGUAAAGUAUCAAAUGGAACUCAUGAAAUGAACUAUAUAGAAGAUAACGAUAUCGAUGCAACGCUAGACGAUGUUGAUAAUAAUAACAGCAACGAACAAUUUACGAUUAAACAAUUAAAUAUAUCAAAUGAAAAAAUCGAAUACAAUGAUUUAUUUUUAUAUUUGAUUAAAAUAUGUCGAAGUGGCUCAAAUUCAACAUCAUAUCGUACAUGUAUGAAUUUAUUUACUUCUGUUAUACAAAUUCUAUUCGAAUCUUUAACAUUUCCUGAUGCCUAUUGUGUUAAUCGUUUUCUUCCAAUUAUUCUUCCAUUGAUGAGAUUACAUCAUGAUAUAACAAAAAUGGACACUAUUAUCAUAUUAGAUGUAAAACUAUUAUUUGGUUGUUUACUAAAAUCAUUACAACGUCAUGGUGAAAAUGAAGGUCUAAUUACAAACAUAAUAUCAUUAAUUGGUCAUCUGUAUGAAUUAUGGUACGAUAAAUAUUUAUCAUUUAUGGAUGAUUUGUUUAUUACGACUAUACCAAAUUUCAAUACCGAAUUAUUAGCGACAUAUAAAAUGAGAAUAUGUCCAACGGAACAUAAGAAACAAUUAACAGAACGAGAACGACGUGAGAUAGUUAAAAAUUUAUUUGGUUUACUCAUUGGAUAUACGAAUAAAAAAGAAACAUUGAAAAAUAACACAUCUCGUUAG